GACUCAGAAACACCCAUCAGAAUAGAGAAAAAAGUUUAGUGUGGUUCAUCUCACUGAAGAGGAGUGGCGGCACCUAUACAUAACCUCCUUGGUGAAUACUUCCGGUCCAUCAGGCUACUGAAUAUUCAAGUAAAUGUGGACAGCAUAUAGGUCCGCUUGAGAGUGAGGCCAGGGCGGGUCCUGCCGGCGCGCCACCCUCAGCACAGUCCCGCAGCAGGACUGACGCCGCCUCCCUCCCUUCGUCCAAACAUCCGGAAGUUUUCUGCGUUGUUCGGAGGUCUUUAUGAGGACAUAGUACAGACAGACUAGAGAUAGAGCAGCAGCAGCAGCAGAAGCAGACGCCCGAGUGAGUCCCGGCGAACAGCUGAUCAGCGCGCAGGUCAGCAGCGCCCCGACCCGCCUCCGUCAGGCUACCAGUGUUCCUACCACCACCAGUAGGAGCUGAAGGAUGGAGGCGCUAAUCCCCAUUAUAAAUAAACUUCAGGAUGUGUUCAAUACCGUGGGGGCGGACUCCCUGCAGCUGCCGCAGAUUGUGGUGGUUGGUUCUCAGAGUGCAGGGAAGAGCAGUGUGCUUGAGAGCCUGGUGGGACGAUCCUUCCUGCCCCGAGGCACUGGCAUUGUGACGCGACGGCCCCUUGUGCUGCAGCUGGUCUACACCACAUCAGAGGACAAUCAACACCGCUCGGCUGAGACAGGCACCUUGGAUUUGGAAGAAUGGGCUCAGUUCCUUCACAUUAAAGACAAAGUCUUUACCGACUUCACUGAAGUUCGGAAAGAAAUUGAGCGGGAAACAAGCCGAGUGGCUGGAGACAACAAGGGAAUAUGCAGCGAGCCAAUACGUCUCAAGAUCUACUCUGAUAAAGUUGUCAAUUUAACUGUAGUGGAUCUGCCAGGAUUAACAAAGGUGCCAGUUGGGGACCAGCCUGAAGACAUAGAAUUGCAGAUCCGUGACCUCCUCCUCUAUUACAUCAGCAACCCAAACUCCAUCAUUCUGGCUGUGUCCUCUGCUAACAUGGACAUGGCAACUUCAGAGAGCCUUAAGAUGGCCAAGGAGGUGGAUCCCGACGGCCGACGAACACUGGCAGUCAUCACCAAGCUGGAUCUGAUGGAUGCUGGGACUGAUGCAAUUGACAUCCUGUGUGGUCGAGUCAUUCCUGUGAAAUUGGGAAUCAUUGGAGUGGUGAACAGGUCUCAACAAGACAUCAUUGACAGCAAGUCCAUAAAGGAGGCGCUGGCAGAUGAGGCAGCAUUCCUACAACGAAGAUACCCAACCCUGGCUAACCGUAAUGGCACGCCCUAUCUUGCCAAGACUCUCAACAGACUCCUCAUGCACCACAUUCGAGACUGCCUCCCAGAACUUAAGACACGGGUGACUAUGAUGAUGUCCCAGUUCCAGUCCCUGCUCAGCAGCUAUGGGGAUGAUGUACAAGACAAGGCCCAGACUCUCCUUCAGAUCAUCACAAAGUUCAAUGCUGCUUACUGCCAGACCAUUGAAGGCACUGCCAGAAAUAUUGAAACCACAGAACUCUGUGGUGGUGCCCGGAUUUGCUACAUUUUCCAUGAGACUUUUGGUCGUACACUGGACUGUAUCCACCCACUUGCUGGCCUGACACAGAUGGAUAUUCUCACAGCCAUACGUAAUGCUACAGGGCCGAGACCUGCCUUGUUUGUACCUGAGGUGUCCUUUGAACUGCUGGUGAAGAGACAGAUCCGAAGAUUAGAAGAGCCAUCUCUCCGCUGUGUUGAGCUUGUUCAUGAAGAAAUGCAGAGAAUCAUUCAGUUUUGUGGAACUGAGGUUCAGCAGGAGAUGCUGCGCUUCCCCAAGCUGCAUGAGAAGAUUGUUGAUGUGGUAACUCAGCUUCUGAGGAGACGCUUGCCACCCACCAAUGACAUGGUUGAAAACUUGGUGGCCAUCGAGUUGGCUUACAUCAACACCAAACAUCCAGACUUCCAAAGCAAUGCCUCUCUGGUGUCGUCACUGCUGGGAGAGGAAGAGAAGGCACGCUCCAUUCCUGUCCGGCGCAGCCAUGGCAAUGCACCCUCAACGUAUGAACAAGAAAUAAGGGAGCAGUCCAAGACCCAGAGUUUGCAGAACAUCCAGAGGUACGUGGGAGAUCAACCCCUUCCCCGACCCAUGGCACUGGAAGGCCACCCAUCACAACCCACAAGCAAAGACCAGGCCAACACCCAGAACUGGUUCUCGUCUCUGAUAGCUGGGCCCCGAGCAGAGCACACAGAGCCCAGCAAAGAACAGUCCCAUGAGAACUCUCCCAACAUGACUCCAACUCAUCAGCUUUUGGCUGUGUCAGCAUAUGAGGCUUUCACUAAUCCUUCUGAAGGUGUAGAGGCAGAGAAGUUGCCGCAGCUGCCCCCACCACCAGCUGAGGGUGGCAUCCUGUCCCCACAGAAGCCAGUCAACCUGCUGCCCGAGGUGCCCAUGCAGCAGUCACGCAAGCUCACUGAGAGGGAGACUAAGGAUUGUGAGGUCAUAGAACGCCUCAUCAAGUCCUAUUUCUACAUAGUGCGAAAGAGCAUUCAGGAUAAGGUGCCCAAGGCAGUGAUGCACUUCUUGGUAAACCAUGUGAAGGACAACCUGCAGUCAGAGCUGGUGAAGCACCUCUAUCGCACUGAUGAGAUCGAUACCUUCCUCUCAGAGUCACCAGAAAUCGCCCAGCGCAGGAAGGAGGCAGCUGAGAUGCUUAAGGCAUUGCAGCAUGCAAAUGUUAUCAUCGGUGAAAUUCGGGAAACCCACAUGUGGUAGAGGCGCAGUGCACACAGAGGCCUUCACUUGUCAAGCAUCUGUGUUACACAGCACAGGAAUAUUCAUAUACAACACCCCAGAUAAAUUAAUGUAUAUCAGAUGCAGUCUUUGAGUUUUCUAUAUUUGUUUAUUUCUUACAACCAUUCAUUCUUAACUGGAGAGAAUUUUAUAUUUUAAAUCAAAGAUUUUUUUAUAUGCUUUAUGGAAUUGAGAAGUAAAGUUCAUGUCCUAGAUCUCAUGUGUUAACCUUUAUGCAAAACUACAGACAUGAUUUUUACCAUGAUUCGUUUUAAAAACCCUGCCAACACAUUUAAGUUUGAUACAUAAGAUAACCAAAUUAUUCACACAAAGACAUGUACAUACAACCUGCUUGCUUAUUUCACAUGACUGCAGAACUACCACUUAAUCCAUAAUACUGUUAGGUAACUCAUUCGCCCAAGUAAUGUGUAGGCAAUCCUGUAUCUUGAUUCUUGUAAGUGCUGAUGGUAUAUACUACUACAUACAUGUACAUAUUGGUCAUAUUUUUAUGCACUUUAACUUUUGUCUCAAAAACUGUGUAAAUAGUAGGUUAAUUUCCCGUUUGUUAAAUUGUUUUAGUACUAAGAACAAAUAUUAUUACCAGGAACCAUAAGUGAAGGAACUGACACCCUGACCUGUAGCCACCCACGAUAUUAGCGGCCCCUCAAGAACCCUUUAGGUGUGGUGGUCUGAAGUCUGAAGCAAUAGAUAAACUGGGGAAAAACAGCAGAUGAUUGCUUGGUUGAGGGAAAUUGACACAGGAAUUUUAAGGACUGAUUAAAGGGAUUUUGUAUUUAUGUAUGCAUGUAUGUAUGUGUGUAAGGUUGUAUGGUAGUGGUUAUUUUUUAAGAAUAUUUUUAGCUCACAACAGUUUUCUUCAGUCAAGCCAUCAGUCGGCUAAUUUCACAUACGUACUUAGACAGGGGCUCUUUGUGGAUAUAGAUAGUUAAAGUAAACCUUGAUGUUUUCAGAGUCUAAAGUUGAAUAUAUGAUUAAAGUUUAAGGAUGUAUCUUUGUAAUAGUGGUGUUUUCUUUGGUGACAUAAGAGUGUAUGCAAUAUGCUGCCAGCAGUGCUCAGGGGUGACAUGGUUCCACUGCAAUGAACAAAGUCUUCUUAAAAGUGUUGUAUGUAAAGAUAAUCAUGAAAGUGAAGACUCUUUAGUUCACUCUUCCCUGAGCUUCAUCGAGUGCAUGAAGCGACACAACUCUUCACUGUAUAAAAUAAAGGCUUCAUUUCA